AUGCUCGCUUCCGGACUAAUCGACAAACCAAUCUACCGCUGGUGGGUAUUCUCCGCCGUCGCGCUGGGAACACUGACCUCCGUCAUAAAUCACGGCGGCAUGUCCGUCGCCCUUCCCACUAUCGCCCAAUACUUCGAUGCCGACCUUGCCACAGUGCAAUGGGUGGUCAUCGCAGAGGGACUGACAGUAAGCGCACUCCUUCUGCCGAUGGGCAGGCUAUCAGACAUCGUAGGUCGGAAGCGGAUAUUUCUCUCCGGUCUCGUCAUCUUCAUCAUCGCCGCCGUCUUUGCCGCAACCUCCGGCAGCAUCAUCGCUCUGAUAGCCGCCAAGGCAUUGCAAGGACUCGGCGCCGCCAUGACUCAGGGCACCGGAAUGGCAAUGGUAACUUCGAUCUUCCCAGCCUCAGAGCGCGGCAAGGGCAUCGGCUCGCACGCAAGCGUCGUAGGCACGGGCGGCGUCAUGGGGCCCAUCGCCGGCGGAUUCCUCAUUACCGCCCUCGAUUGGCGUUGGCUCUUCUACAUCAAUAUCUUUAUGGGACUCGCCACAAUCAUCGUGGUCCUGUUGAUAAUAAGGGGUGAUGUAUUCCGUCAGGACUCUCGUAACCGAAGUUACGACUACGGAGGCGCCGCGCUGUCCACCGCCGUCCUGCUGACCUUCCUGCUUGCCGCCGCGCUCGGCUACACUCCGGCGCUCGUCGGCUUCGCGCUGCUCCCCAACGCCGCCAGCAGGAUAAUCAUGGGACCGCUCAGUGGACGCCUCUCUGACCGCUACGGCUGGAGGCCCUUCAACAUCAUUGGCCUUUUUCUCUCCGCAGGCGGGCUGCUAAUCCUUGCCACUCUCACCACGACAUCCUCGAUAGUUGUCGCUCUUGCGGGAAUACUGAUCCAGAGUAUCGGCUCAGGCCUCUUCCAGUCGCCCAACUCCGCAUCCAUAUUCAGCGCCGCCGACCCCGCGAGACAUGGCGUUGUGGCGGCUUUCGUGAACCUGUCCCGCAACUCCGGCAACGUAACCGGAACGGCAAUCGCCGCGUCCAUCGUCACGGCCGUCAUGCUCAGCAGCGGCUACGAAGUCAAAAUCGACGCCGUCUUGGAAGCCACCCCCGGCUCAGGCUUGCUUGAAUCAUUCAUGAGCGGGCUUAAGACAGCCUUCCUGAUAAUGGCUGGUCUGCAAGUCAUCGGAGGCAUCGUCUCCAUCUUCAAAACCGACACUCAAUCCGAGCAGCCGCCGGAAAUCGGCGAACCUCAGCCCAGCGCCGAGCGCGCACUCUGA